AUGAAUUUUGAUAUAUUAAAUGUUUAUCGAGAUUGCCCAUUUUGUUUAAAACUACUUUUUGAGCCCACAUCAACAUUAUGUGGUCAUACAUUUUGUCUUUUAUGUAUGGAACGUUUUAUAUUAACAUCAGAACGUGUUUUACAAUGUCCAAUAUGUCGCGAUGAUUUAAAUUAUCUUCGUUCUUCAUCUAGUCAUUUAAAAACUAAUGCAAUACUUCAUAAUUUAUUUCGACAACAGUACGAGAAAGAAUAUGAAAUACGGCGAAUAGAAACAGAAAAUGAACGAAAACAAAUUACUAAAAAACGUUUCAUCAUUGGAAAUACACAUCAACUAUUAUCAUGUGAUUAUGAUUAUACAAGGCAUGAAUGGACACUUUUUGUCAAAUUAAAUAAUGAUGAUCAAGAUGACAUUAGUCAAUACAUUAAACAAGUUACAAUAAAUUUACAUCCAACAUUUACACCAUCACAGAUAAUUCUUGAUAAAUCUCCAUUUUGUUUAACAAGAAUUGGAUGGGGAGUAUUUACAAUUUAUUUUACGAUAGAAUUUCAUCCUCAAUGGAAGAAAUCUGAUUUUCGAACAAGUUGGUUCUUGUCGUUUGCAAAUACAGGAAAUCAAAAAACAAUUGAAAUAGAAUUUCAAAAACCAACAGACGAUAUAAAUAAUGAUGAAAUGUCGUGA